CCACGCCUGCUAAAAUGGAGCUGCUCCCUCAAAGCAAUCGAACGAUGGGAUAGUACAACCUUUGACAUAGUUUUACAGUUCGCCUCCUGUGUGUUAUUUAGUCACGAUCAGGAUGGAGCGGGUUGUGAUUGUCACCGGUGCAAACAGUGGCAUUGGUCUGGCAUUAUGUGAGAGGCUGCUCACAGAAGAUAGUGGCCUUCGGCUGUGUUUGGCCUGCAGAAACAUGCAGCGAGCUGAGGCUGCCCGCUCUGCCCUCCUCACCUCUCACCCCAGUGCCCAUGUGGACCUACUGCAGCUGGACAUAGGUGCUGUGAAGUCUGUGAUCAGUGCUGCUCAGGAGGUCAAAGCCAGUGUUAUCAUCUACAGGUACAGCAGAGUUGACUUUUUGUACAUGAAUGCUGGUAUUAUGCCCAAUCCAAAAGUGGACUUCAAGGCAUUUUUUAAAGGUCUUUUUUCAAGGAAUGUCAUUCAUAUGUUUGCAACAGCUGAGGGUCUUCUCACUCAGCAGGACCAGGUAAACUCAGAUGGAAUGCAAGAGGUUUUUGCCACAAACCUUUUUGGUCAUUUUCUCCUGAUAAGGGAGCUGGAACCGCUGCUUUGCCAGUCUGAUCACACAUCCAGCGUCAUUUGGACAUCUUCUAGUAAUGCCCGGCGAUCUGCCUUCUGUUUGGAGGACAUCCAGCACAAAGAGGGGAAAGAGCCCUAUAGCUCGUCCAAAUAUGCCUCCGACCUGCUCAGUCUCGCUCUGAACCAGCACUUGAACAGCCGGGGCCUUUAUUCGUCUGUUGUCUGUCCUGGUAUGGUGAUGACUAAUCUUACUUAUGGCAUCCUGCCCCCUUUCUUCUGGACUAUAAUCAUGCCAAUAAUGUGGUUGAUAAGGCUAUUCACCAAUACAUUCACUAUAACGCCAUAUAAUGGGGCGGAAGCACUGCACUGGCUCUUCCUUCAAAAACCUCAGUAUCUAGACCCAAGGUCAAAGUAUCACAGUUUGACAUCAGGCCUUGGAAAUAACUAUACACAGCCUCGAAAAAUGGACGUUGAUGACUCUAUGUCUGAGGAUCUUUAUUUGAAGCUUAUUGAACUUGAAAAAGAAGUUAAAAGAAAACUGUGAUAUCAUCAGUACCCUUUUGUGUUAUCAUUAUUAUAGUACAGCAUAUUCUUGGGUUCCUUUGGGGACCUGUGCCCUUAAAAACAGACAAAAUCUAAAUUUCUUUUCACUGGGCAAAAGUCCUCAAAAAGUCCGUCAACUUGACACCCUCGACAAACCUAUAAAUAACUGGAAGUGUCUUCAGGAUACUUGUAUUUGACAUUGAUAAGUUAGUUUUAACUUGUAUAAACUUUUUAAUAAAAAUCAUUUCACACA